UAUACCUGCCGAUCAAAACGGAAGUGAAGUGAAGUUUGAAGCGUGGUAAAGAAUAUGUGAUUUUUUUCGUUUACAGUGCGAUGUAUGGAUGUUACUUGUUCGAAACAAAUGUGCCAGUGUUAAUAAAAUUAAUAGUGAACCAACGUCAUGGCGUUUGUAUAACAUACGUCAUCAUAGGUAUUAAAUGAAUUGGUUAAUUGUGACCGCAUGAAUACGCAGUAAAAUUCACUUUGGAUUCAUGGAUUCGAUAAGCGUGACGUCAUCGAUACGUUAUGACUCUUAAUAGUUUUCAUUAAUUGAAUAAGUUUGACGUCAUCAAUACGUUACCUUUAACUCCGCUAAUGUUCCACCUCCUGUCGCGUUAACUGAUUGGACCAGUAUGACGGCAUCAGUAAGACUUGACGUCACGUUGAUUUCGUUGCCUGGAGAAUGAAGUCAUCAACAGACUAUGACGUCACGACGAUUACUACGCUCGGACGGUGUUUUAACAAAUAUCUAUUCGCGCUUAUGGAAGACGGACUCGAGAUCCGAUGAGACUACGGAGGGCAGAGAGGCGCCGUCGACGCUGGAGCGCGCUUCCGGUAUGGGCGCAUCCUUCCGGCGCCAACAGCCAGAGUUUGUCAUUCUACACUACAGCCCAUUUAAGGCGGUGUGGGACUGGAUAGUACUGGUUUUAGUCUUGUACACGGCGGUGUUUACACCCUACCAGACCGCGUUUCUUCUAAACGAAGAAGACGCCACCAUGCGGCGGAACCGUGAUUCCGGAACGCGCACGGAAAGUCCCGAGUCUUCCCGAGCGAACCCACUCGUGAUCAUUGACUUGAUUGUUGACUUGAUGUUUAUAGCGGACAUUUUUAUCAACUUCCGGACCUCGUAUCUUCACAAUGGCGAGGUGGCGAUGAAUCAGAAGCGUAUAGCAAUCAACUACCUCAAGGGCUGGUUCGUCAUUGACACCAUUGCCGCUCUUCCUUUCGAUCUGCUGCUCUUUGGGUCCGGCACAAGUGACACGAUGACGAUCGCGGGGAUCCUUAAGACGGCGCGUCUUCUGCGUCUGCUACGCGUCAUCCGGUGCAUCGAGCAGUUCGCUGAAUACGGAGCGGCGGUGCUGCUUCUCCUUAUGGUGACCUUCACCUUGGUCGGUCAUUGGCUCGCCUGCAUCUUCUACGCCAUCGCCUACUGGGAGCGGCCGCACCUGGAGUCCGCAAUAGGUUGGCUAGACAAGCUGGCGACCAACAUCCACGAGCCGUACGUCGCUAACGUCACGGACAGCGGCCCCAGCGUCAAGACGUUCUACAUAACGGCGCUGUACUUUACGUUCACCUCCCUCACCAGUAUAGGGUUCGGUAACGUCUCCCCUAACACCAACGCCGAGAAGAUGUUCUCCAUUUUUGCCAUGUUGCUUGGCUGUAAGUUUCUGUAUGAUCCGCACUUCGAGGUUUUAAAGAGUUUUCCGGAGUGUCUACAGGCGGAUAUCUGCCUCCAUCUGAACCGGAACCUGCUUAACAACUGCCCCGCCUUCCAGAGAGCCUCGGCAGGGUGCCUUCGCGCGCUGUCUCUGCAGUUCAAGACAACACAUGCGCCUCCCGGGGACACGCUGAUUCAUCCCGGGGACAUCCUCACCGCCCUGUACUUCAUCGCCCGAGGGUCCCUCGAGAUCGUCACGGAGAACAACGUCAUGGCAAUACUUGGUAAGGACGAUAUUUUCAGUGGGGAUGUUCAAGAGUUUGACAGCCCAAAUCAUAUACCUAAUUUAUAUUUUGUAAUACCCGGAAGUUCAUGGAAAAUAUGUUAUGAUCAGUUCAUGAGAACUUUCUUUAAUAAAGAAAAUAGUAUUUUGGUCAUACAGGGUGUGUUGACGGAAACCCAACGGCAGACGAAGAUGGACGACGAAACACUCAAAUUUAUCCGCAAGAAGCGACCGCACAUGCAGUCUAAAGGCAGACGCCAUGUCUAUGACGCCGACCGCACGACAGGUAGAUACGGCUUCCGUAGAAAAGCGCGCCAGCAAACGGCAUCUCCUUCGUCUGACCCGGCAGACGACCAAACGUCUCGGGCGAUCGAAAUUUCACCCGAACAAGCGUCUAGUGAUAUCGACGUAGAGUUCGUGGAUAGAAGCAAGCAAGUUUCCCGUAAAUGCUGA